AUGGCUAAAGAAGGUAAAGAAAGCAAAGGUGGUUCCGCCAAAAAAGGUGCCAACCUAUUCAAAACUAGAUGUCAACAAUGUCAUACCAUAGAAAAGGGCGGCCCUCACAAGGUCGGUCCAAACUUGCACGGUGUCUUUGAAAGACAUUCCGGGACCAUGGCAGGUUACUCUUAUACCGACGCCAACAUCAAGGCCGAUGUCGCUUGGGACGAAGAAAAUAUGAAGGCCUACUUGGAAAACCCAAAGAAAUACAUACCGGGCACCAAGAUGGCCUUUGGUGGGUUGAAGAAACAAAAGGAUAGAGAUGACAUCGUAGCCUACAUGGCCAAGGCUGCCAGGGAAUAG